AUCAACUCGAGGCUCAUUAUGGAGUGUUAUUUAAGGUUCUUUUCCAGCUAGAAUUGCACGAUCUGGAGCCAAUGGGAAUUAACUUGUCUUUUGGACGUCAUGCUUUGAAUCAUCAAUUAAAGAUGCGGCAGAAGAAAACAUGGAUGUGGUAGUCAUUCCUUUGAAAGUCAACAAGAUAAUCAAUUCAUUCUCAGAAACUGCGUCAAAAGAGAGCGGCAGCAAAGAGAAACAGCAUUCAUUAAGCCAGGAUACACUCAGAAGUCCAGACGUGACAGCUAAAUUUCAUUUUGCUGAGGGACUGGAAUUACUGAGUGUUUAUAUAUUUGCGUUAAGAGCAAUCGCAUGAAACUCGAAGCUAUAAAAUUAAAUCUGUAGAACGGUUUAGGAAUUUUAUUAUUAGCAUUUUCGCGAUCAAGGAAGAAAAUGGAACUUUUUUCUCUCUUUUUAUAUUUCACUCUAAGUGGAAUACUAAACGUCGUUUCUUGCAACAGAGAACGUAAAAUUGCCGAAAUUUUAGACGGUGUUAAAAGAAUCGAAGAACAUCUCAAAGAAGAGAAAAUAAGAGAAAUGUCAAAUUUUCUAAAACUGGAAACUACUUUUGAAAAACUGAACUCCAAAGUCGAACGAGCUUUGAAUAUCAUGGAAAACUCAGCUUCACCUAUUCCUCGCAGUAGGGGAUCAACAGAUAUUGUUCCUGGCGGUAUACAAACUAAUUUGGAAGCGAUUGACACGCGAUUACGUAGUUUGGAAGUUUCAGUGUCUAGUAUGGAAGACAAUGUGGCGAAAAUGAAUCUCGAUGUUGCCAAACUGGAAGAAAUAGACCGCAGAACGAUUCAGCUGAAAGAUGACAUGAACACAAAGCUGCGAAAGAUGAUGAAUGUAAUAACUCAGCUUUACGAAUUAAAUAAAGAUAUGAAAUCUAGCAUGAGUAGUCCCAGAAGCGACACUCAAGGAGAAUUAAGGAGUGAAUCUGGAUCCAGUUACGCCACAGAAUUUCUCGUCGAGAACCUGGAAGAAUUAGAGAGGAAAAUUAAAGAACAAUUUAGUAUACUCACCAGCAAUAUACGCUCAGAAGUAACCAGCUUGAAAAUAAUGACAUCUAGUAUUAGCUGCAACAAUCCAUCGGAUAAGGAAGACGAAGAAUGGUUGACACCUCAAGACAAUGCUCGAUCGACUGCAGGAAGACAAAAUGCAAGGGCUAUUGAUAAAGUAGAAAAUUCUUUGGAUAACUUAGUAGAGAGCCUGGGGAGGUCUACGAACGAAAUACGAAAGGAUAUUCAGCAAGGAAUGAAAGAUAUCGAUAAAAAGUUAAACAAUCUGACUGUUCUCGCUAAAUCUGUUCCACAGUGUGAUCCUCUGAUCCCUUCAGAUUCUGUGGCCAGUAGCAGAAGUAUCGCUCCAAGUUAUGCAAAACAUCCUCAGCAGGUUGUAGAUGAUCAGAAGUCCACUAAAGGUGAAUCUUGCACUAAAAACGUGCAAAACGUGCAGAAUCCGAAAUCAUGUGCUGACUUAAGGAAAGGGGGUGCUACAUGUGAUGGUAUUUAUGUCAUUUUCCCACAGAGCGUUAGAGCUGUGAGGGUUUAUUGCGAUAUGACCACAGACGGUGGAGGAUGGACGGUGCUCAUGAGAAGAGGUGAGUACGGUGAUAAAAUGACAAGCUUCAAUAAAAACUGGAUCAGCUAUAAAAAUGGUUUCGGGGAUACGGAAGGUGAAUUCUGGCUCGGAAACAAUGUCAUACAUCUUAUGACAACGGAAGAUGAAAAUAUGCUUAGGGUUCAUUUAUCUGCCUUUGAUGACGAUGAAAUCAACCUGGAUUACGGUUUUUUCACUAUUGGAAAUGAAAGCUCUAAUUAUCGUCUGCAUAUUGGCUCUCCGAUAGGAACACCAAGCACAGCAGCGAACAGUUUGCUUUAUCAUAACCAGCAUCCGUUCAGUACCUUCGAUCGCAAAAAUGACAAAUUUGAACAGAACUGUGCAGCAAUGUACAAAGGAGGCUGGUGGUUCAAUGGAUGUUAUUUCGGUUUCCUAACUGGCGAAUAUUUCAAAGCUGAAGACAAGAGGGAAGGCUGGCAAGGAAUUUUGUGGUACGACUGGAAAGGCAACGCUGCAUUAAAAGGGGCAGAAAUGAUGAUAAGGCCGAAGAAUUUUAUUCCGAGAACUUAAAAUAUUCACCUAACCAUCCUAUUUGUACACCUUUUCUUCUUCUUCUUCUUCUUUUUUUUUUUUUUUUUUUUUUUUUUUUAAGAUAGUGAAUUCAAGCUGUGCCAAAACAUUUCUUAAGAACUUAAGAUAAUGUACAGAUGCAUGUUAUGAUAUAAUAAUACUUGUGUUCCAACUGAUGUCUCAUUGCAUGAUACAUGCAUGUUAUGAUAUACCAAACUAAGUAAUCGUUAUUAUUUAAGACGUUUUUUUUAAAUAGUGAUUUUUUAUACCAUCAAACACACUUCAAUACAGCAUAAUAAAUGCUUUCAAUUUGUGAACAUAUCAUUAUUUGAAAGAAACACAACUUCCUCGCAGAACAAAUGAUCAACAAUAAAAUAUUUAUAAAUGAAACAUUACACAAAUGUAUGCAGUAUUGCAAAUAUUCUGCCUACCAAAGAGUUCAUGUGUAAUUUUCUCAGAAAUGUGAAGUAACUGAAUUAUUCAGAUACUCGUUAUUCGUAUACAUAAAGAGUAUGUUUUAAAUUUGGUUAGAAAUUACAAUUUUUAGGUAAUUAAAAAAUAACUACAGCAACUUUGUUAAUCUUAAAAACUUAUAACAUUUAUUGUUUGAGUUAACAUACUGGACUUAAUUUUCUUAUAAUUUAAAAAUGAAAUUAUUCAACAAAAUAAGUUACUAAAACAAGAAAUCUCCCACCUUAAAUAAAUAUUCAUUAUUUUUCCUAAUGGUCAACAGAAUUCUAAUUAUAUAUACUUCAAAUAAAUAGUUUAUUUUAUUUAGAACUAUCAAACUUAUUGUUACUUUACGUACUACAUAUUUUAACUUUUCCACUGAGUGAAAAAUUAAAAGAUAUUAAAUUUUGAUCUUAAUUAAUUGACAUUAUCUACACACAGAUCAUGAUUUUGCAUCAUAAGAGAAUAUCUUAGAUUUAGUUGAAGAGUGAUAGAUUUUUGUUUAAACGGGGGGGGGGGGGGGGAAAUUCUUUAAUUUAGUACAGAAUAUAAUAUGAGUAUAUAUUCAAUUUGGAUCCUGUGUAAAUAAAAAUUUCUUUCUUUUAACUAAAAUAGAAAUAUACCGAUUUUAUGCAAAUAAAAAGUAAUUUUAUUUCU